AUGUCGGAUGGGGAAGGAAAAGAACGUGGCAUCGGAGACUCUGGUUAUUACACAACCUCCGAGUCGCCGCCCGAGGCUUGUGCACACCAAAUUCCCGAGAGAGCAGCUUGUCUCAAGCGCACCAUCACCACGCCUCCGUUCCUUCCGUCUCAACGUUUCUCACAAAUGUCUCUUCCCCUAGUUCGUCUGCAAACUCUCUUGGAAACAGUUCUUUUCGCCUGGCAGGACCAUGAAGUUGCCAGACGCGAGGCCGCAGACGUGGAAGACGGGACCGAUCCGAACGAGGAGGUGUACGACGACGCGACGUGGAGUCUGAACGUUGUCCCCGCCAUCCUGGACGCGGUCGUUCCCGAACGCCACGUGAAGUCACGCAAGCCGACGGACAACGAGAGCGUGUAUGAUAAUCUGCUGGAGCUUUCGGUGUUCGCGGGGCAUAAGGCGCGGUGGGUGGUUGCGGAUGCUGUGAAGUUCUGGAGGGACACGAGAGAAGAGAGGGAGGGAGAGAUGGUCGAGGAUGAGGAAGAUUUGUUGGAUUUGCUUAUAUUUCUGGCAGAUAAAGAUCGUUCUCAACUCUUCAAGUCUAAGCGGUAAACGACACUUGCUAUUCUGGGGCUACUAUUACAUCGCAUAUACCAUACAUUUGCGAGCAAACAGGGAAGUCUCGAAGAUGCGUAUUCGUACAAGGUAUCGCUUGCUCGUUGUUAUC